AUGGGAGAAGCAGAAGGGGGAAAGAAGAGAAGAGUUAUGGUGGAAUCAUUAGGAUGGCUGACAGAAUCAUCAAUUUUACCGAAGAAACAUCGAGCAAUUGAAGGAGUGGGUGCUUCUUCCAUCGUCGAACUCAAAGCCCAGCUUUAUAAAUCCCAAGAAGAAGCCAAGAAAUCCAAAGAUAUUGCCCCUUCUGAUGUCGAAUACCAUCGCGCCAAGAAGAUAGUCACUCCUCUCGACACCUUCUCCAAAAAAAACUCUGGCGUCGAAUCCCGUGAACUCAAGGACAAGCUUGAGCUUAAAGCAGUUAAUGAUGGGACUGCAAGCUAUGCAGCAUUGGAGAAAAAGGCGGAGUUGUAUGAGAAAUUAAUGAGGGGAGAGUUGUCUGAUGAGGAAGAGAAUGAGAAGUAUUGUGUUGAUUUUUUUAGGAAGGGUGUCCAGCAAGAGGAGUCGAUUCGACCUCGAGGCAAUGACACUUCUUCUGCUGCACCAGUUUAUGAUGAAGGAAGAAUUGGUGGUGAGAGUGAUCAUCCUGUAUUAUUCAAUACCAAAUUUGUUGGGCCGGGGCGAACAGCUGGAGCUGUGGACAAAGCACAACAUCAUCGUUUUGUGAGGGAAGUUCAUGAAGAAGCCAACGAAGCCAGAAAAAAGGUCUUAGAGGUCAAGUUGCAUAGGCAAGAGCAGGCAGCAGCUAAACAUGAAAAACUCAAACAGGCAUAUCUCCGCAAAAAAUUGGAGGAACUAAAAGCUGCAUCUAAUGCAAACCAGACGUGA